AUGGCGUCACUUCGACCUGACAUACCACCAGAGACAACUCCCAAGGAACUAUAUCAGCAACACGGUCACAUAUACGUGCAAGAGCAGAAGACGCAAGCAUGGUCCGAGGCGGCAGGAAUGGUGAAACAAUACAGCGACGAGAUGGUCGACAAGUGGAACAAGGAGAUAGACACGUAUCUCGUCUACGCCGGGUUGUUCUCCGCGAUCGUGACUGGUUUCAAUGCGCAGUCGUACCUGCUACUCCAGCCCUUGGCACCGGACCCCACUCUUGCGAUUCUGCAGCGCAUCUCUUUGCAUCUCGUGGACCCCACACAGUCAUCGAAUCCCCAGCAGCGCGAUGACGUGGACUCCAACCCCCCCGUACCUCCAUGGGCGGUAUGGCUCAAUGCGCUAUGGUUCUCAAGCUUGAUUCUCAGCCUUACCUCCGCCUCGAUCGGCAUCAUGGUAAAGCAAUGGUUGAACGAGUACAAGAUCGGGCUUCCCGGAACCUCUCGCCAAGUCGCUCGGGCACGUCAGUACCGCCUUGAUAACCUGAAGAGAUGGCACGUGGAGGGCGUCGUUGUCCUCAUCCCUGUGCUGCUCCAGUUUGCCUUAGCAUGUUUCUUCGCGGGACUUCUCGUUCUUCUGUGGCACCUCCACCAUACCGUGGCCGGUGUCGCCUCUUCCCUGAUCGGCCUUCUCGGCGUCUUCAUACUGUCGACCACACUGCUCCCACUCUUCGACAGCACCUGCGCUUAUGUGUCUCCCCAUAUCCGAGUCUUAUAUUCCAUCUGGCAACCCAAGCGGUUCAUCCACUGGAUGUGCUCGUCCCUCACCAGUGCCGCUAUCACUGACGACUCCAUCACCAUCCACCCCCGCCGGUGGCAUACCCGAUGGCUUCCUCCCUGCAUCUGUACAGCUAUCACAGAAUUCGAAGCCUUCAUCUGUCGGCAUAUUGCGUGCAUCGUUCAUGACUCGUGGCAGCAACCGAAACCGACAUGGCAGGGACGCGAGCGGUCGGCUAUAACCCGACAAGGCCUUGACCUGGACACACAGAUCCUGGUCGACGCGUACCACUCAACCCUCCAUCCCGAUGCGCUCUCCGCGGCCACCGUGUGUCUGAUGGACUUCGGCGACCGCGACGUGCUAGGGUACUUCCAGCGGCUUUAUGGAUCCGUGCGCGAGCACUUCGGCGUGGGAGCGGACGCGAAGGACGGCCCCCUGGGGUGGGGAAACCAGUGUCAGCUGCUCUGGUUGCACGUCCUGCUUUGUGUUCUGCUGCAGGACGAGUCGCCUCUCACGCAGGAAGAGUCGUCUGCGCUGGGAACGUACAUCGACAACGGGUUCUGGGCGGACGGCAUGCACGUGGCCGAGGUGGAGUGGGCGCUCUGCACGCUCUCCUCGCUGAUCGAUCAUUCUGCGGACGGGCGACUGGCGUUUCUCGACGGGGAACGGCUGCUCAGCGAGCGAGACUACUUGCUCAGCCUGGUCGGCAGUCGUGGGAUCACGUUGGGGACGGCGCUGCUCCAUGCUGUCUCGCAGGCGUAUCGCCGCGUCCGUGUCAGUGCAUCGCUGAUCAUCGAGGCGUCUGUAUACGACUCCCCAGCGGCUCACGGCGAGCACAUGCGGCGCGUUCACGCAUUCUUGGGAUGGUCCGACCGCGCGUUCACCUCGCCCGGCUCGAUCCUCCCUGAUGACAUGCAAACUGUGGUCGACUACACGCAAGACAUCCUGCACGAGCUAACGCGCACCCUGAACGACCUGUUCGCACGUCCAGACCAGCGAACCAAUAUCGACACCAAUAGUCUCUGGGACGUGGUCUAUCGACUCUGCUGCCUCUCCCCGGGUCUUGUGGAGCGAUGCGUACCCAACGAACUCGUUCUAGACGUACUGCGUAUGGCGGACACGCUCUCGGUCGCUUCGGGGUAUGGACUAGGAUGGCAGGUAGAGAUCAUCCAGGCGCGCGCUCGCGAGUUUAAAGAGCUGGUCGUUCGGGUAAAGGGCGAGUCUGAGCAAAAGACACCUCUUCAGAUAUCUCCGGUAGUCCAAGGAACCCCUGUCGUCACCACGCCCGGAGGUUAA